CUUUGGGAGUGCAGAUAAUGCGAUUGGAUGAGCUACCACGCACCCAAGGGCCAACAGGAACACCGCGCCCUUUUUUAACGGCUCAGUCGGUUUAAAUCUGACGUUUCUUUAUUUAUUUCCCACACAGGAACCGCGUCUCUCGUCUCUUGUCUUAAAGCUGCCUUGCCAAUUGCCAAUGCAACUGUGCAGCCAGCUAGCUACCCUUUAUAGAUUUUGAUUUUGCUUUAUUGGAAAAUGACAAGUAGAUCAUGUCCUUUGACCAAAACGCCCCCAGGUUCUAGACGUGGGGUGCAAAUAACUGUUCUCUUGGGCCUGGUCUUGUUGGUGGUAUUGGUGCCCCAGAAUGGAGGCGUUCCUCCUGGGAAUACUACCAAACCCAAAGAUGUUGCUUCCAGAAACAACAACAUCAGUGAUAGCAGCAUCCGCAAUGGUGAGGUCAUAACACAAGCAAACACAGCAGUAUUGCCAAGUCCAGAAUCCAAGCAAGCCUCAGAUACCCCUUCUACUAGUGGGAAACAACCAAGAAUAACCAUAUCUCUGGUUACCAGCUUUUGGGCUCAAUCACCAGAACAGCCUGUGAGUCCCCAUCGAAGAGAAAUCGAAGAAGCAAUACUAAACAACAUCAACAAUCCACACUUGGACCAGGUUGCCAUUAUUCUGGAUGGAUCUUCCUCAGAUGCCAAUUGCAAUCAUUUCAAGGAAAGAAUGGACCAACUCAAUGUUCAAUUUCACAAGCAGCUGAAACAGCACAAUAUCACUGUGGUGGAUACUGGUAGUAUUGCAAACAAGAAAAGGCCCACCCUGACGUGUGUGAGCCGCAAUGACAAGCAACCCAACUAUUAUCAAAUGUUCUUGUAUGCCACCAGUCCCAAAGUUGUGGCUGGCGACGUUGUCAUUGUGGCCAAUGCAGACCAAGCAUUUGACAGCUCCGUCCAAGAGGCUCGUAGACUCAGAGAAAAUGCGGUUCUACUGGUGCCAACAUCGGGAUUCAACAAGGAUCUGGUCCCAUCACCCGCCCACGAACAUUUCCUGUUUCUUCACGGCCACACCAGUCAAAACUAUACUGAAGGAGUUAAAGCCCGAUGUCGACCACGCAUGCUGUCAUGGGAUGCCUUUGUGUUUCACAGAACACUCUUGGAAGGAAAACUCGUUCGGUCGCGAGAUUUCAUGCGCAACACGGUCGAAGGAACCCAAGACUUUUUUCGCAUGAACGAAGAGGGGGCCGAAAAUGCGGCCUACUGGGCACUCUGGUCCCAUGUCCAAAAUGCAGGAUAUUUCAAGACUUGUGAUGUGGUUCAAAUGUGGCAUUUCCACGGGUUUGAAAAGAUGCAUGCGCAUCUUCCCAACGAAAUGUAUUGGGAUUCUCCUACCGGCAAGGUCCCGGAGCCGUGGCGGAAACCCACCAUCAUGCAGCGUGGGGAAACACCGGAGGGUUUCUUAAAUAGGUUUGUAAUAAGCAAUCAAUGAAUGAAUGGAUUCAUUCAAUCCCAAGCAGGGCACAUUAGAGGGUUUGGAUAGAGAGAGAUGCGUCUCUUAUUGUUGUUAGCUAGCUAGCAAGUUGCCACAUC